CUGACGGGACGUCUGAGUGAUGACCAGAGCGAUGCAUAACGGGCCUGCGGGAGACCAGGAGGUACUUUGCAGCGAGAGGGUGUCGUGCAACCAUCCAUGGACAGUAACGUUAUUGAUGCUGUGCUCUGCAGCAGAGCGAUAUGCAGCGAGCGGGAUGCGAAUGUCAGCCCAGGCCCGCCUUAUCGCAGUGGUAAAUGUCAACGCUCCCCACGUUGCUCGCCAAAGGCAAAAGCAAUGAAGACGGCUGUGACAGCUCGGCUAUCACCCCUGCAAGACAUGGUGGCUGGUUGAGUAAAACCACAGCCGUAAAGUGUUGCACCCCAGAGAUUGCAUCCACAAAAUUACUUGGAGACACGGAAAGCGAGGGAAAUAAAGAAAUGAAUCAACCACGCCUUGCGGUGGAACUCAAAAACAAACCCCAUCCUUGCGAUCCUGGCGGUGCACGCGGCAGAGCUGCAGGCAUUGUACGCGCAAUGUCGUCGACGACUCAUCAUGAUGUACAUUGUAUGGCCGGCAACUCCGUCAAUGCCCGACAGAAGAGAAAAACGAGCCGUCUGCAUAUCCAACAUGUCAACAUUUGGCAUGUCCAUCCGCAAUUGCUGCGAGCUGUCACGAUGGCAGGCGAGCACAAGCUCGCGAAUGUUGCCGCCCAAGUCAUUCGCUCCACAUGCUGCUUUUCGCACACCGCAACAGCGUCGGUUCGCGAUUGCAGCGCAUUGGGCAUGAUUGCCGCUUUCGAGUGUCUGUGUGCCGUGUCCAAUAUUAUCGUGCAGUCAUUGCGGUGGCCGCCCCUUCCGACUGUCACAGGCGUAGGCGACCGCCCAUGACACGAAUCGUGCUGUCAGUCUUCAAGAGGGUCGAAGACGAGCGUGAUGGAGCGGUGUUGGAGGUUGUUGGUGGUGUUAUACAUCUGGU